AUGACGGAACCACCAACUAAGAAGGCGAAGUUGGAGCUAUCGGAUGUUUCGGAGCCUUUAACACAACGUGAUGUUAUCUUGUUUCAAAAGGAAGCUUUAUUCAGAUGCAUGAAUAGGUAUCGAUCGGAGGCAAAUAUAUCACAAAAGCAGGUAAAAGAACUGAAAGAAUCCCAAAAUAGAUUUUUGGAUGAUUUGGCAGCAGUCUGUGGUGUUAUAAGGUCUAUUGCCCGUGUUUUGGUGGAGGGUGGCGACGAGGAGACGCAGAAGGUAUGCAAACGGCUUGAAAAUUGCGGAACAGAGGAAGUUGUACAAGAAGCAUCAGAGUUUGCAAAGUAUGUAGUAAAUUCCCUUACGAAAGAGGAUAAGCUUUGCUCAGUUGACUGGGAUCGCUGGCAAAGCUUGGAGGUGGUGAAUGGGAAGCUGGAUUCUGAGAACAAACAGUUAAGAGAAGAGCUUGAGUCAAUGAAAACAUUUUAUAAACAGCAACUACAUCGUUAUGACCGCGAAGAGAGUGUCAGUUUGAAGCGCGUUUUGAAGAUUGCGGAAGGGCCCGAGGGGGAAAAAGGUCCUACAGCCAAGUCGCCAGAUGCAGCAGCAGGGUCGCCCUCAGGUAGGCAGGGAACAGCAGAGAAUGGGGGUGCUUCAAAGGGAUCAGAUGACCUUGCCGUACAAGUCGAGCAGGAAAUGCACAUUGCAGAUUUGAAAACGAAUAUAGGAGUGCUGGAGAAUACCGUGAAGCAGCUAACUGAUUGGAAGACAGCUAAAGAGGAGGAAAUUGUGAAACUUCGCCAGGCUGUAACCACCGGAUCAUCACAGCUUCCAGAUGGUCAAAACGCGCAUAGCUCGAGUAACAGCACGUUAGCAUCUGCAACAGAUGUCAGCACUCUGGCGACAAAAGUUGAUGAAUUAAAUGAGGAAAAGCGGGAGCUGAUGCAGAUAAACGAUGCCUACAUGAAAAAGUUUCAGCAGUUAUCUGCAGAACAGGAAGUGUUUACAAAUCGCCUGUCUUCUGAAUUCCAAACUGCACAAGAAACAUUAAAGAAACAUAAUUCCAACUUGGAAAAGGACCUGGUAAGGAUAAGAACAGCAAGAGAUGAGUUAUUGAGCAAGAUUGCUUUGCUUGAAGCGAAAAAGGCUAAAUCUGAGAUGUUAUCAGACCUCGAGAAGGCCCUGGAAAUACAACAGGAGCAAUUGCGUGCGUUGGGUAACAGGGAACCGGAACCAUCUCAGGAUGCUCUAAUGAAAGAACUCCAAGAUUUGGAGAAGGCAUUUAAAGAGUUAUCGAAUUUCUCGAACAAAAAGUAUUCUGAAUACAUAAACCAGGAGUCCAUAAUAUCAAAGUUGACGGUGGAGAAGACAAAAGCUGACCAGAAAUACUUUGCGGCUAUGCGUUCCAAAGAUUCCAUCUUGAUCGAGAAUAAAAACCUGACGAAAAACUUAACCAAAUCUAACGAGCUUAUCCAGCAAUUAAAGGAUAUUGAAAAAACAUUGCAAUCGAAGAUCGAAAACCUACACAAACAACUACAGCUGUCUCAAACGAAUGAGAAGAGACUAAUAGAUUCUAAUAAAGUUACUUCAUUGAAGAUAAUGGAUUUGACUUCUCAACUUACAAAAUCGAAGAAAUCCUCCAACUCACUUCAACAAGAGCUUAACAAACUUGUGGAAGAGAAAUCAAAGAUUGAACUAAAAGCUCAGGAUCUUGAAAUGAAAAUCAGUAACUUGCAGAUUAAAUUAACGUCGCAAGAAAAUAAAUUAAAGAAGCUUCACAAGAUUUUGGUUUCAAAUGGUGGUGAUUAUGGCGCACUGGCGGAUGAAUUAGAGAACUUCCGUACGGUAGUGUACUGUUCUCUGUGUUCAAAAAAUUGGAAGGAUACUGCUAUCAAGACGUGUGGGCAUGUGUUCUGUGCAAGUUGCUGUAAGGAGAGACUAGCAGCGAGAAUGAGGAAAUGCCCUACCUGUAAUAAAGCCUUUUCAUCGAACGAUCUACUUGUUGUUCACCUGUAA